AGCAGAAUAAAAUGUUCUUAUGUGCAGCACAUGACUGAGAAACUGGUGCACAUGUCCUGGUGACCUCUGCUCAUACUGUACUUUGUAWCUCUGCCCCGGAGUCCUCCCUUGUCUUUGUGCAUUUGUGUUUAUUGCUUUGUCCAUGUGCUUCAGCACCAUCCUUCCCCAGUCCCACUAAUAUAAUGUYAUGAUGACCACGACUCCAAGGUGCAAAGGGUACAUAUGUUCACAUUCCCCACACCUUUCUUAUUCUCUUAUUUAUUUAAAGGAAGAGGACUGGACAGCUUUGGGUGGCCUCUGUGCUCGGCUUUAUGAAUCUGCACAUAAUCUGCUAAMUCACGCUCAGGAUUAGCAGGUGCAYGCGUUUGAGAGGAAGGGUAGUUGAAGCACGCUUUGUGCCUGCUGUUCCUCUUCUGUUUGCUCCUGAACAUAAAGAGGAAAUGAGGAUAUGGAUUGUUGUAGUGCUGCUGGAUGAAUCCCGYAGGGGCUGUGGAGCGGUUAUUAUGUAAUUUCCCCUCAGUGCAGAUUGGUCAGUGGAUGAGAUGUUGGUGGGCUCAGCACCGUAAUCUCUCAAGUAUUAUCCGUCAACGUCAGCAGUUGUUGUGGGCAGAACUUGCUUUGUUUAUGUAAAACCAAACAAUCACCUGGGUUUGCGUGCACAAUAAUUCACAUUGUAGCCAAUGAGGUUUGCUCAUGAYGUCAGAACAUUAYUUGAUCUUCUGGGAACAUCAGCUGGGAAACUCCUUGAAAUGUUGAUUUUAACUCAAAUUCUAACAGAGAGAGCAGUGAUAGUUGCAAUAAUACACUUUAUUACUAGCCCCUCGAAAAGGAUUUAUCUUAAUUAAAUUGGUUGUACAAACAGAAAUAUGCAGCCUCUGUCUGUUAACAAUGUUUGCUUGUGCUCUUAUUAAGUUACAGUGCAGACUGGGAAUACAAGAAGCAACAAAUCAUACUGGUAUUUAUUAUAUCAUAAAUUAGUCCUCUUGCUUUUAUAAGGACAGAUUUUAUAUUUUUAAUCAAAGCAAUCAACCUAAAAAUAUAGUGACACUUGAUUAAGUGAAAAGGCGUCUAAAUGAUAUUCCAGUAAAYGAGGCUGCCUGCAAAAUAAAAACUUAGGAAAAAAGAACAAGAAAAAAGGGAAAAAAAAAUCAAUGAAUGGAGAUUAAAAAWUUUUUUAUUAAGUCACACUGACUUUUACAAAGUUUACACAUUAUCAUGAUAUGUGUUUAUUGUAAGCUGAUCUUUGCUUUCUUCUUUUGUAGAAAUGAUAUUUCAUUAUGGACUUAAAGAGUUUUUUUGUAUUUAUUUUUGUUAUAUUUACUGCUAUUUAAAGAAACGUUUUUUUUUUAAAACUUUCAACGAGAAGAAAGAGCCUAGAAUAUCUAAAGCAUGACACGGAAAUAUUAUGUGAGAUUUAUAGUAGAUAGCAGCCCUUCUAAAUGUCUUUACAUUUCUUACUUGUUUUGUCACUCGUGACUUUUCAUGUUAUAUUCCAGAAAAGCAUAACUCCCUGUUCAAACUUCCGAAUAUGUUAAAGCCUUUAGUACACUCACUGGAAAUACAAAAAUAAACAUUUAAGGUUUGGAAAGUAGGUUCAGUCGAGAUAAUGUUAGAGAUUUCACAUUUUCAUGGUCAAAUGUGUGUUGCUAAAAUAGUGUAGCACUGAUUAAAACUUAAAAUUUUGCUGAAGAAUCUAAAAGAAAAUCUAGAGACACAGCAACUACUAGUUUUGCAAUUUAUGGAAGAAUGAUGAGGGAAAAAAGCCAUAAGAAGUCUUGUUUAUAAUUCACCACAAGCCACAGAAGGRAAAACAACAAAUCAUGCAGAAAUAAAAAAAUUGUCACCUACAUGAAUUGGACUACAUGUAGAAAACUAAGUGUACUAACAGUGGUAAUAAUACAUGGUGUUGGCAGCCUCUUGUUAUGGCGAAUAUGAUGAUUUGUUCUUCUCCUUYAUCGCUAUGUGCUAUUUUGUGAUGAUUGAUUAAAUAAAAACACCAAGCAAUCCAUUAGUUUGUGGUUAUAAUGUGACAAAACAGAUAAGCAAUAUUUAUCCCAGUGAUUAUUAUUAGUAGUAAUUAGAUUAUAUAGUAAAGGGUUCAAGUUAUAACGGUUUUUAACAAUAUACUGUUGUUGGGCUAUGUUUUGUUGGACGUCUCUGUAAUUGUUUUUUUUUUUUCUCUAUCUAAAAGCCAUAAUUGCAUUUCAGGUCCUAAAUUACUCACCUUGAAAUAAUCAGUAAACACCCGGUCAUUGUAUUGCAGGCUUGUAGCUAACAAUCCUUGCAGUAUUGUGUAUUAGUCAGUAAUUAUAGACGUGUGUGUAUGCCACAGCGUUUGUAUCUGGGCCCUCGCCUGCGCCUGUGCUGGCAGAUUGGAAAGGUAAGCCGCUGAAAGCUUCUGUGUGCGAUGCUGCUUUGUCUCUUAUUAAUGAAGGGGACACAGGAGCUGUCAAUGCUGCUGUUCCGCUGCCGGUGAAAUAGUAAUGAGUGUGUAUAACGGAGCCCGGUCMGUGUGGCUUACAGCUCUGCUGCGAUUGGUUGUGCAGCCGGGGCACAUGGAGCACCGACUGGCCGCGCUGCACGUUAGGGCCGCGGAUGCUGGAGGCARAGGAGGAAACGUUUGCAAUCGGAGAAAUGAGGCAGAUUGAGAAACAGAGUUCAGAUUCUUCUUUUGAUUUUUGUUUUGGAGAUCUUCAUAGAAACCUCGCUGUUUAUCUCACGGAGCAUAAAACAACUUUCCAAACAUCGAGGAACAAAGUGUUUUAUUAUGUAAUCUGUUACCCCACCCCUACUUUCUCAUGCUGUGAUCCUUUAUUGUUGCUCAUGCUGAGCCAUGAAGAUCUGAAUUAUUCCUCAAAAGGUAAGCAGUCAGAAGGAGUCGAGCCCGAGACCGGAUCCCACUGUGCAGAUCUCUGAGAUGCUCAUGAAUCACCUGACAGGUAAUUUUCAGCAUCCAGAGAGACCAGUGCGUUAGGACGCAUCUCUCCCACUGUAACUGGGCCGCCCAUCCACAUGCACGACACCAUGGGCAGCUCCCCAGAGGUGCUUUCCUGGACCUCCUGCCCCAGUCUUUUGGUGGGGAAGCUGAAAGAGGAGCUUAAGCUCUCUGUGGUUGGGGACGCCAUGAAGAAAUCCAACUCUCCCAAUGCCCAAUCCCAACCUCCUCAGGCCCCGCCUGCUGCUUUACCUCCUCAGAUUAUCACAGACCUCGCCCCGCCGACCAACCUGCCCGUUCCCCUGCACGCGCCCAGCCAGGACGAGGACUCUAUGUUGGGGGGCAUCAGCCCAGGAAACACGGCCCUCAGCGUGGACUCCACUCGGAGUGAAGGUGGACACUUUGACAACAGCGUACUCCAGCUGCAGGAGCAGGAUCAGGAGGAAGCGGUUUCACCGGCGUCCUGUGAGCACGGCGGGUGUGGGAGCGGCAUGGACGAGCAGAUGGGAGAGGGAGACUGUCCUGUGGACCACAGCGGCGAGGGGAGACCCAGCCACCCGCGGCACCCUGACGACAUCAAGCUGCACUUCCAAAGAGCCGGGCCCGGGUCGGGGGGCUUCCUGGAGGGGUUGUUCGGCUGCCUCCGGCCCGUCUGGAACAUCAUUGGGAAAACUUACUCCACAGAAUACAAACUGCAGCAGCAAGACAUGUGGGAGGUCCCGUUUGAGGAGAUUUCUGAGCUGCAGUGGCUGGGCAGCGGUGCGCAGGGCGCCGUCUUCCUGGGCAAGUUUCGCUCUGAGGAGGUGGCCAUCAAGAAGGUGCGGGAGCAGAAAGAGACGGACAUUAAGCACCUGCGGAAGCUCAAGCACCCCAACAUCAUCAGCUUCAAAGGGGUGUGCACCCAGGCGCCCUGCUACUGCAUCAUCAUGGAGUACUGCGCCCAGGGCCAGCUGUAUGAGGUGCUGAGGGCCGGGAGGAAGGUCACCCCCAGGCUGCUGGUAGACUGGGCCACAGGGAUCGCCGGCGGCAUGAACUACCUACACCUUCACAAGAUCAUCCACAGGGACCUCAAGUCUCCCAAUGUUUUGGUCACACACAACGACACUGUGAAAAUUUCUGACUUCGGAACGUCCAAAGAGCUCAGCGAUAAAAGUACAAAGAUGUCAUUUGCGGGUACGGUGGCCUGGAUGGCCCCGGAAGUCAUAAGAAACGAGCCUGUGUCUGAAAAAGUCGACAUCUGGUCUUUUGGAGUUGUGUUAUGGGAAUUGCUCACAGGAGAAAUUCCCUACAAAGAUGUGGACUCGUCCGCCAUCAUUUGGGGUGUUGGCAGCAACAGCCUACACCUUCCUGUCCCCUCCACUUGCCCAGACGGUUUUAAAAUCCUCAUGAAACAAACAUGGCAAGGCAAGCCCAGGAAUAGGCCUUCAUUUCGUCAGAUCCUCCUCCAUCUCGACAUUGCUUCCUCUGAUGUUUUAGGAACUCCUCAGGAGACCUACUUCAAGUCUCAGGCAGAGUGGAGGGAGGAGGUGAAGAAGCACUUUGAGAAGAUCAAAAGUGAAGGCACUUGCAUUCACAGGCUGGACGAGGAGCUGAUCCGUCGCAGGAGGGAUGAACUCAGGCAUGCUCUGGACAUCCGGGAGCACUAUGAGAGAAAGCUGGAGAGAGCCAACAACCUCUACAUGGAGCUCAGUGCCAUCAUGCUGCAGCUGGAGGUCCGAGAGAAGGAACUCAUGAAGAGGGAGCAGGCAGUGGAGAAGAAAUAUCCAGGAAGCUACAAACGCCACCUGGUCCGGCCCAUCGUCAGGUCCAACGCCGUCGAGAAGCUCAUCAAGAAAAAAGGAAGCAUCUCCCACAAACCUGGAAUGCCACCCACCAAAAGGCCGGACCUGCUGCGCUCUGACGGCAUCCCCAGCGUCGACCCCUUCCCCUCGCCCUCGCCUCUGUCGGCCAGCCCCAAAGUCUCCACGCCUCCCGGGAAAACCCGCUACCGCAGCAAGCCUCGCCAUCGCCGCGCCAACAGCAAAGGCAGCCACAGCGAGUUCCCAGGCGCCUUGAAGCCUGUCGCUGGAGCUGCAGAAGACACCCAGUCUCUGCAGGAGCAGCCUUUCCACCAUCACCACCUCCAUCAUCAUCAUCACCACCACCCACCAGCUGAGGGUCAGUUUCUUCCCCUGAAAGGCCGCGAGGAGGCCGUAGUCAACUGUGCCAACAAUCUGCGCUACUUCGGCCCCGCCGCCGCCCUCCGCAGCCCUCAGACCGACCACCUGCAGCGCCGCGUCUCUGACUCCAGUCCUGACCUCAUUUCCACAGCCAUGGAUGCAGACACGCGGCAGCAGACUUCAUCCGCCAGCUCCAACCUCGUACCAGGGGCCGGCGCUGUGCUGUUAUGUCCCUGCUGCCAGGCUCACCCUCUGCCCGGCUGCUUGCACUGUCAGGAGACUCCGCCCACUCUAAGCCAACCAGAAUUACCGCACUACUCGCUGCUUAGCACCCAGGAAAGCAACCAGUCUUCACUGGCGCCACCCAAUAAAGAAUCGGCUUUAAACGGAGAGGACGGCAGUCUUGCUGCCCCGCAAGCGCAGGAUCCAUCUCAGUCCAAACACCCGCUGCCCUCUGCACUGCCCCGCAUCCUCAGACCCCUCAGAAAGGGUGGCGAUGAGUCAUCUGAAGAGGAGGAGGGAGAGGUGGACAGUGAAGUGGAGUUUCCACGGCGACAGAGACCCCAUCGCUGCAUGAGCAGCUUCCAGUCCUACUCCACCUUCAGCUCGGAGAACCUGUCGGUGUCGGACGGGGAGGAGGGCAACACGAGCGACCACUCGCACAGCGGACCUCUGAGCGCCAGCCAGGAGGAGCACCUGGACGAGCUGCUGUCGCACACGCCCGACAUCCCCAUCGACAUCUCCACCCAGUCCGACGGCCUCUCCGACAAGGAGUGCGCCGUCCGCAGGGUGAAGACGCAGAUCUCGCUGGGGAAGCUGUGCUCGGACGAACACAGCUAUGAGAAUCCGCUGCAGUUCGGAGACUCGGACUGUGAUUCGUCGGAAGCAGAGUGCUCCGAUACCACCAUAAGAAACAACAAAGUCGGUGCUCCGUCGUCAUGGUGAAACUCCACAGGGUGUUGGAUCUGUUUGUUUAUUUUAUUUUUUUUGCCUGGUGGCCAUCAUGUCCAUAUUAGAGGGCUCCACAGAAAACACAGCAAUAAGAGGACAUCAUAGAGAACAAAACUCUCCCUAUAGCAAAGUCCUGCAUAAUCUCCCCACAUCCUCAGCAUAAUAUCCCCCCGCCCCCACCCCACCCCACCUCCGCCUCCCAACGUAUAGCACUGCAUCCAGGCAAACCCAUGGCAGGGAUUCCCUUUUGAUUGAUAAUGUACAGUAGAUAGUAUAACAUUCUUAAUUUAUUUUUGUCUGAGUUUUGAAGAGAAAUUCAGGAUUCUCUGAACAGAGGAAAUAAAAACUGACAUUUUAAGACUGAGACUGAUGAAGGUGCGGAGGAUAGCAGAGGGAGGAAACGUUGAAGCUCUGAUGCGGCUGAGCAUCACUACAGGCCUACAUCUCGCUGCAGUUGCUCUGAGCAUCGCUGUGUCGGUAAAACCUCACAAAAAAAAAAAAAAGAAAAAAGCAAUCUCCUUGUUGUUAGUUUACAGUGCAGCGACCCGGUAUCCCGCAUCCUUUCACUUCCUUCUUGUCACGACUGUGGCCGACACAGGUAAACAAUGAGCUCAUGGAAACAGUGUCAACACCAGCAUGAACAACUCGCCUUGCAAAUUGCAAAUGGAACCCCCCCCCAAAAAGAAAGGAAAAAAAAAACACCUCUGGACUUGUGUCAUCAUCAGGAUCACCGCAUAGCUAUUAGAGCAUGCUCUCAAGAGGAAAAAAGCUUUACAAGGACUGCAUGAAGCAGACGAGCGGUCAGCAGAGAGGACGACUCAUUCGAGAGCUAAAAACAAACAAAAUAACGGACGCUCUCAUCCUUCUCUCUGAGACACGUCAUCAGCAGUCAGGCGUCACAACGGGAGCUUUUGAGGACGGCGUGCGUUGGUUCGCGUAAGGCCCCCCCCCGUUCCUCAACCAUCAGACAUUGCAGUUUCAAGUCUCAUCUCAGGAUCGCUCGAGGACUGUGAAACUGGAUCGGACCAAUUAUUGUGUGAGAGAAUGUUCUUCGACUGGCACAUGUUAAUAUAAAGGACCGGGGAGGCAAACAAAAAAAAAGCUCUUACAGAAAAGCCUUGGAUGUUCAACCCUUUAGUGUAGGUGUUUCUAUAGCUGCAGAGUAAAUGCARUAUCUCUUUUUUUUUUUUCCUUGUUUUAGAUUUUCCUGGAAAGUGACAGAGCGCCUCAUUCAUCAUUUUCUUGCAGAGAUUCUUAUUUUUUUAUCCAUGACGAUAGAAGUGCAUUUCUAUAAAUAAGAAUAUAAUGAAAAAGCUUUUUCACUCAAUAAAGUCAAAUUAAUAUAAUUUCAAUGCAGGCACAGUCAAAAUUUUAAUCAAAAUUACCUGUUGAGCUUAAUACUUGGGAUGUUACACUAGUGCAUCAAUCAGACAGUGUCUCUAAAUGUCAUCAUACCAGUUUAAAGAAAAAUAGUAUUUCCCAUAAAGCUGUCAUUCCACAAGCGGCGUAAACUUUAGGAUUCCACUAAAGAAGCUGGCUGUUCCCAGACUGCUUUACCUCAACAAAACAAAAGGGAAAAUUUAGUAGAGGGAAAAAGUAUGCUAAAAAUAUGUGAUAACCCCAUAUGGCACAACCUUAUUAAAUGGAAAACGGAACUUAAGGCUUGAGUCUCAGCAGAGUCAUUAAAAGGUCCUAAAAUAAUUUACAUUUUAAGUUUUAAAAACAUAGGUCCUUUUUCCAGCACGAGUCUUAAAUGUUAUGUUUUAAAUGUCCUCCUAUGCUUCUUCCUCUGAUUUAAAUUUUUGUUUGUUUGUUUUAUGCUGUGGUAGUGAUAAUUUGUCCCAUGUUUUGAAGUUCUUGACAUAUAGGGUGGUGUUAUGCUGUAAUAUUUCAUCCGACUUUCAGCCUUGCCCUAUAAACCCAUGAAAUAUUUCUGCUGGUGGAGCUGGAUUAUAGUUGUUAGUUUAGGGAAUGAAAAUCACACUCUUUUAACCUUAUUUAUUUCAGCUAUUUCUUUAUGGAAAUGUGUAUAUUUGACAAGGUGGCUGGUUUUCAAAUAUUUGCUAAAACCUGUUGUGGAUAAAUAGUAUGAGACUUACUUUAUAAAAAGUGUUAAAAUUCAUAAAAAUAUAUGGAAAA